AUGACAGUUCAAUUUCUAAUUUGGUCCAUUUUUUUACAUGCAACAUUCGCUCUGGCAGCGCCCAGUCCUACCCUCACACCUACGGAUGUCGCAGAUACCGCAUUAUACUAUAACCAACUCAUCAACGCUCUUUUAGCUCUCCAGAGUUCGGAGGUGAGUGGUGGCAGUAACCCAUCAUCAGCCUUUUCGACAUUUGUGUCUGUGUCGACAGCAGCUUCAGUAACCGAACCUAGUACGGGGACAUAUAUCCCUAUACAAACGAAUACACCUGCAACAGCGGAAAAGGCUUUGAUUAUUGCUACAUCGGCAAUAUCAGAAAUCACAGCGCCUGUUGCUACAAAUGUGGCUGUAACAAUUGGUGAUGAUGAAUCUGCGAUGGACCUGAUUGCUCUUAGUGGUAGCUGCGCAUUGUGUCUAAACGGAGCAUGGUGGAACGAUAUCUGCUAUGACAACUUGGAAGAUGCCGUGCACAAAUCUUCUGCCGACGGUGUGAUCACAGUAAGAGGUAAAAUUAACGUUGAUGAAGAGAUUACAAUUGACCGCGACACCAAUAUUGUUGGAGAGAACUGUAACGGCAGUCGACCAAUAGUUACCCUGUGGCAAAUAUUCAGCAAAGAGCUGCAUUCUUGAUGGAGGGCAAAACCGAACCGGUGUUGUCUCUAAGGGGUAUUGACUUUGUUAAUGGUAAAGGUUUCAGCAGGCUAAUUCGUUCGGAAGAAAAGGACGUGAAACAGGAAGAAGCGGAUGACAGGACAAACAGUGCCAAUCCCGCAUACAGUCUAAACCUACAUGAUAUAUCGGCGACUAAUUUCAAUACAAAGGCUCGCGGGGGUGCAGUUAUUUUCCUGCAGGUUGCUUAACAUGUGGACAUUACGAAAUGUACAUUUUCUAAAAACACUGUUGCAGAUCCAGGAAAGGAUUACUAUGGUGGUGGUGGUGCAGUGAAUUUUCAUGAGUUGCUAAAGGAUCACACCGUGCAUUUAGAAGACAGCAGCUUCACAGACAACGACAUGAGAGUUCGAGCACGGAUUAGGAGCAGCCUUUACAAUUGCAAUUUGCAAUGGUAUUGUAGAUAUAAUCUCUUCGCAAUAUAUUGGGAA